AUGGAAAAUCGGAGGGGUUUGGGGCUCUAUCUCAUUUUCGUAUGUGUUUUUUUGUUUGCAACCACAUAUACUUGUUUGGGGAUUGGAAAUGUUAGUGUCAUCUGCUUUGAGCACAAGCGAUUUGCUCUUCUCAACUUCAAACACAGUAUCCAAGAUCCUUUUGAAAUGUUGUCAUCAUGGGUUGGAAAUGAGUGUUGCAUGUGGGAAGGAAUCCAGUGUGAUGGUGUCACUGGAAAUGUUCAACGCCUUAAACCUAAUGCAGAUUCCUACUACGACUUCUUUACUCGUAAUAAGGUGAGCUCUUCUUUGGCAGAGUUGAGGCAUCUCAAAUACCUCGACUUGAGUGGGAAUGGUUUUUUUCUAGGAAGUCAGAUACCUGAGUUCAUUGGAUCCUUGAAACAGCUGACCUACCUCAAUCUAUUUGAUGCUAGUUUUGAAGGUAUUAUUCCUCCUCAAAUUGGAAAUCUUUCUAAUUUAAAGGUUCUUAAUCUCGGUUCAAACUUUUUAAAGGCAGAUGAAAUGGCAUGGAUUUCUCGCCUUCCGUCACUCGAGCUUCUCGACUUGAGUUCAGUGGAUCUUAGUGGAGCACAAAACUGGGAUCAAACUUUGCUUCACAUGACUCCCUUGUUGAAAGAGUUAAGUUUGUCGAAUUGUCGACUUUCCAAUGUUGAACUUGGUGCUUUUCUAAAUUUGAGUAGAAUACUUCCCAACAUCAAACACCUCGAUCUUGGCUUUAAUUCUUUCGAAGGUCCACUCCCCACCUUUUUUCAAAACAUGACCUCCCUCACAUUCCUCGAUCUUUCUGGAUUUAAUCUUAGUUUGGCAUGGAACUUUCCAGACCUACUAAGCAUGAUCCCUUCUCUAUCAGAGCUGCAUUUGUUUGAUUGUGGGCUUGAUAGGACGCAUCUAUCUUCCCCUCGUCUUAAUUUCAGUAAACUUGAUAACAUCCAACACCUCGAUCUUGGAUUUAAUCCACUUGGAGGCGUAUUUCUGUCCUUUCUGACAAACAUGAGUUCCCUAAGAGUCCUUGACCUUUCAGAUACCAUGCUGAAUUCAUCCCUUCCUAUUAUGCCUAAGCUUCUAGAGCUUCAUCUUUCUUAUAACAAGUUUAAGCAGAUUGAGCAUGUUGGAAUCUGGAGACGGUGCCACCUGACACAAUUGAGAGUGACAAAUAAUGAGUUUGGUAUGGAAAUGAUUGACUCACCAAAAAACGCAUCAGAAUGCUCCCAGGAUUCUUUGGCGAAUUUAAGAGUUCUUGAUCUAUCGUACAACAGACUGGUUGGUUCAAUCCCUGAAUCUCUGAGUAGAUUAAGAUUUUUAGAAGUGCUAGAUCUAUCUCAAAAUCACUUGACUGGUCCUGUUCCAGAGUUCCCUGGUAACCUUACCAAACUUGACCUUUCUUCUAACCAAUUGACUGGUUCAAUUCCAAAGUCCCUUGGAAAAUUAGCAACUUUAACAGAUUUGAAUCUAAGUUCUAAUUUGUUAAAUGGGUCUAUUCCACUUUCAAUAGGGAAACUUUCCAAACUCCGUUCUCUUGUUCUCUCCAACAAUUCUUUAGAAGGAGUAGUUACUGAAGCCUAUUUUGCAAACCUUUCGAUGUUGAAGGACUUGGAUACUUCUUCUAACAGUAAGUUGACAUUCCAUGUUUCACACGGGUGGAUACCUCCAUUCCAAUUAAAAUCUCUUAAUUUCGGCUCUUGCAAUAUCAAUAAUGGAUUCCCACAGUGGCUUCGUAAUCAACGGAAACUUCAAAUCUUAGUGUUGUCAAAUGCUACACUUUCAGGACCUCUGCCCGCAUGGUUGCGGAGGAUGCCCAUCAUUCCUGCCUUAGAUCUCUCUCACAACAAAUUCAGCGGACCUUGA